GUGAUCAUGGAGGAAGCACUUUACUCCCACCAACUGUCACAAAUGAAUUUCCAGAAUAUGGGACCAUGGAGGAAGGCGGAGAAGGCCUAAGAGCUUCUUUGGAGUUUGGUGCAGAUUCUCUGCCAUGUUGCUCACCAGGGCAGCAGGAUGUCCAUCUUCUUGCUGGCCAAGACUCUGGGCUCAACAGUGUUACCGAAGGACCAAAAGAUGUCAGAGAGGCCUCCUCUCAAGGUCACCUCAAGGAACAAAGUUUACAACACCUAGACUCUUUGAUUUCAGCUCUGAAAGCCACUGAAGCCAGAAUAGCUUCAGGAACAUUACAGGCUACAAAGGUACUGGACAAAGAUAUUUCUAGUUUUUCAGUUCAGCAGGUAAAAAAAGAGCCAGACAUUGCCAGUCAUAAAACACAGAGAACCAACAAAUUAAUCCCUGCUGGCCAAGAAAAAUCAUCAGAUAUACCUCUUUCAGCUGAAGUAAUGACUGAGGAAAAAUUUUAUUUGAGCAUCCAGAAGGAUCUGACUGCACUGUUAGCUGGAGAAGCUCAGGAAGAGCUUUCCCAGGUAACUAAUAAUGACAGAGAAGGGGUUCUCUAUGUGCAGGAGCCAGAAUGUCCUGUGGCCUCCCUGCAGAGCUCAACAGUGACCUGUAACUCCACCGGCAGUGUUGGUGUUUUGAAAGAGCAGACAUCUGACCUCAGGAGAGAGUACCCAGGAGGAUAUGAUCGAGGUGGCCCCAUGGGACGCCCAGGCCGGAUCAAACAUGUGGAAUUUCAAGGAGUAGAGAUAUUGUGGACAGGAGGAGAGAAGAGAGAGCCCCAGCAUCCUUCAGACUUUGAGACAUCACUGGAAAGGACCAUCCCUCCUGCAAGCAAAGAGUUUUCCAAAGCGCCAAGCCAUCGCGUCUCAGCUUCUGGCUUACGUCAUUCCGUUGGUUUAACAGGGAGUGUUUGGGAUGAAACCUGGAAAGCUCCUUCAGAGAUGCAUGGUACUAGCUCAGGGACAUUGUCACCUGUGCCUCUUGUUUGGAGUGGAGAAGAUGAGGUCUUCCUGAAGGAAAACAAAGAACCUCUUCAAAAGAAUCCUGAACUCAACCGAGACAAAGAAAGGAUCCUGGAGCAGGAGGAGUACCUUAGGGGAGGAGAAGAUGGUAUUUUUGGACCCGGAUACACAGAGGACUCCACCGAUGUAUACAGCUCCCAGUUUGAAACCAUCUUGGACAACACUUCUUUAUACUACAGUGCAGAGUCUCUGGAGACAUUAUACUCAGAGCCUGAGAGCUGUUUCAGCUUUGAAAUGCCCCUUACCCCGAUGAUACAACAGCGCAUUAAAGAAGGCGGUCAGUUCUUGGAUAGGAGUUCAGCAGGAGGACAACAGGAUGUCCUGAGCGUCUCGGCAGAUGGUGGGAUAGUGAUGGGCUAUUUCAGCGGGAUUACCAAUGGGCUGAGUGAUGCCAGCAACUCCGUCUAUGUGAAAGGUGCCCCGGAGAUUGCUUUCUGGGCAAGGUACUACUCCUGCUUUCAUUAUUUCAUGGUGGCGUUUUUGUAGUAUUUUCACCUUGGGAAAUCUGAAUGUGGAAUAUAGUUUAAAAGCAUCUGGCCAGCUUUUGUGAUUAUAAGGAAAUGAUGUGAGUAAAAAGUAAUUUGAAUUUUAAGGGCAGGCAAGGUACAUCUUAGUGAUUGUCAAAUUGGCAUUCUCCUCUCUGGUGUUUCCUAGAUUACACGUGUGACUGGAUACUGAAUAAACAUUGGUGGCGAUGAUUAAGCAUUUGCUCUGAUGAUGCAGUUCUGGUGGCAGUCACAUGGUGCUGUGAAAGAACUUUAGUCUGACACUGACAUUUGUUGAUGACAUGGCGUGGGUUGUUUGAGUGGCCCACACAUUCCUUAAUUGUAAAUUGAAGGUGUUGGAAUAGAUGGUCACUAAUGUCUCCUUCAGCCUUUUUUUUCCCUGAGGUGCUGUUCUGUCUGCUGUCCUUUUCGUUUCUGAAAUUGGAAGAAAGAUCUACUAUGGAUGUUUGAUAGAACUGAGACCUUGGCAAGGAUAUAAGUAUUUUUUUUUUCUUUUCUAUUUAAUGUCUAACUCUAUUUGGGAGAGAAUGGCAGCUUAUAUAGGCUACAUGUACUAUACCUGUCAUUUAGGGAUUCCUUUUUUGCUUAUGGAUUAUCCAUCAUUUCAUCUUUCUUGCCCAUCAUCUUCAGGUCAUCUACCUGUCAUUUAUCCUCUCCAUCAAUGGGCAGAGAAUGCUAAACUUGUAACUUUCAUGAAUUUAGUUUUGGUAUAUUUUUCCGGUAUGGGUGUGUGUGUGUGUGUGUGUGUGUGCGUGUAUUGGAGAGAAGGUUAAAUGGGGAUAAACUAUUUUAAAGCUAUAUAAAAAAUGUCAGUGCUUCUUUUCAAAAGUCACUAUCCAUUUUAUAGGUUCCUAGUGAACGUCUCUCUUUGAACAGUUUGCCUGGUGUUGGCAGUUUCUAUAACCAGCUUGUAGGUUUGUAGUUCAUAGGAUGGGAAAACUCAAGACUGACACAUUAUAACAUUGUGGCUGUACACUUCCAUGGAAGUGGUUGGGAUAGUGGUUGUCUUACUGGGGCACAGUGAAUUAAUGAGAAGAACACAGGUCUCAAAGCACAAGGCUUUUGUCUGAAUCAGCUUGGACAAACCACUUGUUCUGUCUAAAACCUCGUUUACUUAUUUGCAAAACAGGAGUAUUGAUAUCCUGUGCGCUGAGUGGCAGGAGAUUUAACGGGUUAAGCAUCUAGCAGUGCCUGGCACCAACUAGGAGCUUGAGUAGAAGUUUGAGUCUGAGUUGGUUGAGUGAUGAGUCCUUGCUUAAAUCUAGGGGUUUGUCCUUGAGUGUGUCCCUGAAGGAAGGGUGUUCCUCAGGGGAGGCAUCUCUGACAUGGGAGUGUGCCUGGGAGCAGCCUGUCCCUUAGCGGGAGGCCACCUUGGUUGGGGUGCCCUGAUAGGGUAGUAGGCAUCCUGAGAUGGGGUGUCCCUCAGUGGAGGGUGCCACUUUAGUUCUUUUGCUUUAUCAUCAUCCCUGGGGACUGAUUGUAAAUUGUAAUAAAAUGCCACAGCAUAGGGACGCAGACAAUAUCCUUGCAGCUCCAGCCCAGCUUUUUGGGGAAGCUGAAGUUGCUUUUAUUAUAGACUAAAAACAGGUCUCAGGAGCUGAGGUAGUUUGGACUGGGACAUAAACCACUCUCUGAGGUGGUGUGGGUGGUAAAGCUUUACCAUAAAAGAUACAGGGAAGAUGUGUCAGUGAAGGGAAGAGUCAGG